AUGGGAGAAAGCAAAGUUUGGAAGUCGGAAGAGAUUCCAAGGCAGCCACAACAGGAGCUUAAUGCACAAGCAAUUGUAGACACAAUUGCAGAAGCAGAAGCGGCAAUCGCACAGGCAGAAGCUAUUAUUGCUGAGAUAGAAAGGGUUGUUACAAUGGCGGAGGAAGCACGACGCAGGGCUGAGGAUGCACCAGUAGUGAAUUGGGUUGUGUUUGAGAGUGCUCGCAUGGGGCGUUUCAUUCCCCAGAUUGUUGCUGACAUGAGGAGCAUGAUGAGUUUAUUUGUUGCUGGGUUAUCUUGUCAGUCGAGCAAGGAAGGCAAUGCAGCUAUAAUGAUAGGGUAUAUGGACCUAGCAAGGCUUAUGAUCCAUUCACAACAAGUUGAGGAGGAUAAGCUGAAGGAUAAAGAAGAGUUUAAGAAUAAGAAGGCUAAGACAUCAGGGAACGAGUUUAGGCAGCAAAAGAGUAGUGCGAACCGUAUUGCACAAAGGGGUAGUAAGCCUGCUGCAUGUACUAAGUGUGGUAGGAACCACUCAUGGAUGUGUUGUGAUAGCUCCACUGGUUGUUUCAAGUGUGGUGAGAACGGUCAUUUUAUGAGGAAGUGUCUUGAGAACAGGCAGAGUAAUGGUAAAGAGGGUAAUAAAGCCCAGUCUUCUUCAGUUGCUUCACCAGACAGAGCUACACUUAGAGGAGCUACUUUAGGUACUGGUGGAGGAACAUACCGCUUGUAUGCUAUCAAUAGUCACCAAGAGAAAAAGGAUUCGCCAGAUGUUGUCACUGUGAACCAUUCAGUGUUUCCAGACAUGUUGGUGUUUCUAUUCUAG